AUGGAUAAACGGAUGGAAGUGUUUAAAGGAGUCAACGAUGCAGCAAGACACGGUAAUGACGUAUCGUGCCGAGAUUUUCCGCCUGCAAAGCCUUCGACCCGUAAACUCGAUCGAAAUGAAAAUGUAAUUAUCGAAGUAAACAAUGGUCAAGUGAAGUCGUUUGGCGGCAUUCGUGCGUCGAACAUCGUCGGCGUCGCACGCGCUCCGUGCACCAAAGGCACAGACCACGAUCGUACGUUAAGCCUUAUCGCGUGUUCCUUUACUUUUAUUGUUCGAGCAAGAUGCACUUAUCUCCGCAUACAAUUGAAAGUGACAUGUAACUUAGUGCUGCGAAUGCACUUGACAUUGACGGCUAAAAUCUCGAUAUCAUCGAUAGAAUCGAUUGAAAUCGAUUAA